AAAUAAUUCUCGGUGUAGUAUUUUUUCUCGCCGCUGCGUAAAAUGUUUGCGGGAUAAGAAGUUUUUAAUAAAAAUUGUGAGAAAUUACAGUUAAUAUUUAUAAAGUGCUAAAUGUAAUUAAUAAUGUUAAUUAUUUUAAAAGAAUUAUAAAUUUAUAUAUUGAAGUUAAAGACGCAAUUGAGUAAAAGCAAAGAAAGUUUACAUAUACACAUACAAUUCGAAAAGAACGCAAGUCGCGCAAUUAGGAAGACGCAAUUUUUGCUCGUGUAAACUGUGUCAAGAGUUACUACAACAACUUCGAAGGUUUUUGAUUACACCUCCACCUCCACCUGCAACAAUUGCAGUCAUAAUAACAGGUUGCAAAUAGGCAAAGAAAAGAACAAGAUUUGGAGCAUAUGAAAUAGGAAAAGAAAUAGGAAAAUAAAACAAAAUAAAAAAUACAAAAAUAAACGUCAUUGUAGUUUUAACAGACAGCAACGCUAACGGCAAAAGAGUAGCAGCCUAAAGAGAGCAAACGCAGACCUUGUGUGUCGUAGUGUCGCAGUGUCGCAUUGAAAAGGAAUUGAAAUCCAAACUCAGCAGCAGUCAAACUCAGCAGCAGUCAAACUCAGCAGUAUAAAGUGCAAUGGGUGGAAACAGUGCAGCAGCAUCGAGUACCUUUAGUGCAGGUGGCUAUAUGGGCCCCACUAGUACAAACAGUUUAGGCAGCAGUGCUGGUGCAGUUGGUGGCGAUCUCAUACCAGUUGGAAACUCGGUAGGCUCAAGUGGCACUUCAUAUUCUUAUGGCACUAGGUGGGAGGACUUUUGCGACCGUCAUGCACGGGUCGCAGCUGCAGAUUUUGCGAAGGCUUGCAUCAGUUACAUAAAUACGAAUAUGCCGCCUGAAGAAGCGCGCAAUAUGUCGCAUCGGCACUUUGCGCAGAAAUUUUUGGAAUCCUUUGCAGACCACUAUGAAACGGAAUUUUUCCGCAGACGUAAUAACUUAAAGAUUAGCAAUGGGACCGUUGAUGAAAGUGAUUAUUCUGAAGAACACGAUUCACCAAAAAUUUUUCAUAAAGCUUUCUUCCGACGCUUGUCUUUCAAAGGAUUACGAAAGGGAAAGAAUUUUCUCUUCUUACAGGCUUUAUUCCAUAAGAGUUCGGACGACGAUAGCAGUAGUAAGCAAAGCAAAACUAAACUAGCUAAGAUUGUUGUGGAAUGCCGUAAGGAGGGUAUUGUUAAUAACUUAAUUCCUGAAAGUGUUGAUCAACCAAAGUGGGAGAAAUGUAAAUUGGUGUUAGUUAAAGCAGUUGGUGGCUACAUGUUGGAGUUCUAUACGCCACCUAAAUCUACAAAGCCCCGCAGUGGAGUAUUUUGUUUCUUAAUAUCAGAAGCACGUGAAACUACAGCAUUAGAAAUGCCAGAUCGUGAGAAUACGUUUGUUUUAAAGGCUGACAACAAUAUGGAAUAUGUGAUUGAAGCGCAAAAUUCUGAGGAGAUGCGCAGUUGGCUGGCUACAAUACGCUAUUGUAUGCGGACACCGCCUACUCAACAACCGACUAUAGAAUCUGAUGUGAUUGCAGCUGCAAUGCAAACAUCUCCUGUUACUGCAAAUCCUAAUAGCAGUUUAAUAGGUGGUAGCACAGUGAAUGCUGUGCAGAAUCCACAAUAUCACCAGCAGAACGCAUUAGGGUCAAAUACUAAUGUGGCCCCCAGCAGUUCGAUGUCAGAUAACACACUUUCAACAGCUGCUGCAUUAGCACCUGUUGACGGUAGCACGGUUGUAGAGACAAAUGUAAGCACAACUAAUGCAUAUGAAACAGCCACCAGACGUGUGGGACCAGGUGAGCGAGGUGAACAGCGACUCUCUGCCUCGAGUAAUUUUGACGCUACCGAAGGUGAUGAAGAAGGUGCUAUUAAUGUUGCUGACUUGACUGCUGAAAUGCGUCAAUAUCCAUGGUUCCACGGUACAUUACCACGUGCUGUUGCUGCUCAUAUGGUAUUGCAAGCAAAAGAAAGCGGCCAUGGUAACUUUUUAGUGCGUCAAAGUGAAACACGCAAGGGUGAAUUCGUGCUUACAUUCAAUUUUCAAGGAAGAGCCAAACAUUUGCGUAUGACUUUAUCUGAGAAAGGACAAUGUCGUGUGCAACAUCUAUGGUUUCCGUCAAUACAAGAAAUGCUUGAACAUUUCCGUACAAGUCCAAUACCGCUGGAAUCCGGCGGUACAUCUGAUGUGACUUUAAAGAAUUGGGUGCAUAAUCAAGGUGUAUUUGAUACUGGAGAGGGCGAAGGAGGAGGAGUUGGCGGUGGUAUUAACGGUGGGCAUCAACCGCAACAACAACCAUCGCCAAGACAUCCAACAGAAGUGAUUACAAUGAAUCUAAGUGUUCGCCUAAAGACUUGUGAAAUUGAAUUGCCAAUUCUCCAUCAUUCACAGCCGGCGAACCAGCAUCAGCAUCAGCUUCAGCAUCAUCAACAGUUGAGUCCACACUCUCUUACAAAUCAGUUGACGCUGACUUUACAACAGCAACCAAUUUCACCAGCAAUUAACACACAGACGUUCCAACAACAGCUGCGUGCAUCCACAAUUUCGCUGCAAUCACAAGCAACCACAAGUCAUAAUCAACAACAUCAACAGCACUCUAGUCAUCAUCAUAAUCAUCACGGAAUCGCGUCUACCAAUGAUGCUAACGCAACACAUGAGACGGGUCGUGCUGUCGAUAACCAGUAUAGCUUCGUUUGAAAUAUGGCCAGAUGAUUUUGAUCCAAAAGACAAAAUAAAUUUAAAACAACGUUGACUUAUACGAUAAAGGAAUAGUUGAUGAUGGUAAGUGAUAUUCACAGAGCGACAAAAUAUGUAAAUAACAUAGAAAACUUCUUUAUGUCCAAAGGCGACAGCUCUAAAAUAAAACCUGCGUUUUAAUUUGAAUGAUAUUUUGUUAAUUUAUACCGAUUAGUGCAUUUCGAUAACUUACGAAAUAUAAUGAAAAGGUAUAACUUUUUGGAAUGUUUUAUAUUUAUACAUAAUACAGUAAUCCCCCCCUAUAACGCGGUACUCUUAUAACGCAUUUUCAUAUUAUGCGAUUUCAAUCUCCCGUAUAACACGGGCAUUCCCCCAUAAUGCACGGGGAUUUGUACAGUUUAUAAUUAGCUUCGCGUACCUUUGCACGGUCUAUACGAGAAUACCCCUAAAACGCGUUUUCCUAUAACGCUGAACCAAUCUACUGCGUUAUAGGGGGGAUUACUGUAUAUGCAAAGUAUGUGCCAUUGAAUAUUUAUAUUUUUAAACAAAUACACACUUUUGUUGGUAAAUAUUGUACCAAA